AUGAGUUCUUCUACCUCGGAAAUGGAUAGUAUCUCUGUACUGCCACUUGAUGCGGGAGACACGGGGUCGGGGCCUAAACGGGGAAGAAGACCACUUGAAGUGCCGGAGGGUGGAUCUGUGACAAACCGCCGAAGGAUACAGAAUCGCAUGGCUCAGCGCGCAUAUCGCCAGCGUAAGGAGUCUGCCAUUGAUGUCCUGAAGCAGAAGGUUGAAGAACUAGAGCGGUCCAAGGAGGAUAUGGGCAGGGAGUUUAUUAACUUCACUUCUGUCAUUCUUGAGCAAGAUACCGUCAAGAAUAAUCCGCAGAUCAUCGAGCAUAUUAAGCAGACCACCAUAAGCUUGUUGUCCAGCGCUCGAGAGGUAGAUGAGCAUGAGAGGCCUGACGUCCAAGAUGGAGAGCAGAAUGAUCUUCUCAGCGAUCUUCCUGUUGAUGUCGUCUCACCUGAUCUCACGCCACCAAUCCCGCAAGCCCAGGAUUUCGACUUUCCUAUGAUGGAUGGUACCGGACAGAUAGACUACACCACCAACCCAAUCGAUCCCAUGCUCUCCCAGCAAAGGUCCAAUUCCGAUUCGACACCACACUCCUUCGAUACAACCUCCUACUUCCAGCUUCCCACCGCCCAAACGCCCUUCUACGACAUGACCUACCAACUUCCCGGAUCAACAUGGGACUCUACCCUCCCCAACCCCCGGUCAUACGCAAGCCAAGAGCUAAACUUUGGUCGCCGGUACCACAGAGCCUCUCAGGAAGCAGCAUUUCUCCUAGCGUCUAUGAGACAUGCGCCUCCUGCGUGGUAUCGUAAGGUAUUUGGCUUCUGUAUGCAUUUUGAGACGAGGGAAGAGAUAUGUAGUCGUAUUGGCGAGACGCUACGCAAGUCGAAGGAGGCUACGCUUAAUAAUUGGAAGUUUCCGUUUACUAAUAUUGGUGGUGCUGGGACUUUCUUUCCUGAGCAGGGGUAUGGUGCUGGUGAUCUGCCGAUUGGCAAUAGGUCACUGGAGCAUGAGGCGUACAGACCAUCCGAAAUGUCUGGCUUCUCCAUGGGGCCUUUUGGUCCGUCGGUCGAACAGAUUCGAGAUCUACGCUUGAACCCACAAUUACGCAUCAUUGAUCCGGAGUAUGACGGAGACUUCUUCGAUUCAGACGAAAUAGAAAUUUGUCUUCGCGGCUACGGCGUGACAAUCCCAUCAGGCAAAGACUUCGUCACAGCUUACAUCGACAUGAGCAUGUUUGAGCGAACAUCAGAUUCAGAGACGAGCUCUGGGCCUACCACACCUCCUGACAUGCCAGGUAACGGAAAUUUCGUGGAGGAAGAUCUGGAAAGUGACGAGCCUCCCUCGUUCUCAUGUCCCGCUGGUUUAAUGGGUAUGGCGAUGGGAGCCAUGCCGCCGCCACCUAAGGAAAAAGGGCCCGGGGAGCAGUGGAAGACGCCUAGUAAACGGGAGACAAAGGUCAAGAUUGAUGUUGAGAGACUUAUCAUGUGUCUCGUUAACUCAACUGUGUGUCUUGGAAGAACACCCGCCGUUCGUCCAAUCGAUAUCCGCAAGUCGUUGAAGAUGUCCAUCAUACAGGAAGAAUAG